AUGAAAGAGUACGAUUAUUUGUUUAAAAUUAUUGUUAUUGGUGAUAGUGGGACUGGGAAAUCAUCUCUAUUGCUUAGAUUUGCGGUAUUUUUAUUUAUUUUCAUCGAUAACACUUAUAGCGAGUCUUAUAUGAGUACUAUAGGAGUAGAUUUUAAGAUUAAAACUGUAAAAAUAGAUAAUACAACCAUAAAACUUCAAAUUUGGGAUACUGCAGGCCAGGAACGCUUUAGGACUAUCACCUCCACUUAUUACAGAGGUGCUCAUGGCAUUAUUUGCGUUUACGAUGUAACUAAUAAGCUUUCUUUCGACCAUAUCACUGAGACAUGGUUACAGGACAUUGAUAAAUAUGCUACAUCGAAUGUUUGUAAAUUAUUAAUCGGGAACAAAAUUGAUUUGGCUGAGUCUCGUGUCGUUUCAGCCGAUGAAGCGAAGCAUGUUGCUGAGCAGAAUAACAUGAACUACAUUGAAGCCUCGGCUAAAACUGAUAGUAAUGUUGAGAAGGCAUUUACGACUAUUGCUAAGGCUCUCAAGGACAAGGUUACCCAGUACCCUUCUAAUGCUCCUGCUUCCACUGUUAGUCUUAACACUGCCUCCAAAGUUCCUACCAAUCGCGGUCUUACAGACUCCUGUCAAGAAUCUUCAGUUUUUAAGAAGAUGAAUUUUUCAUCCGGAAAAUGUACCUAAUCUUGUAACUUCACACA